GAACAUAUUUCAAAUAUGUUUGCCAGUUUAAAAAAUAAUGAAAUCAAGGAGACAGGUAGUGAUCCUACUAAACUAGCUCUGGGUAGCCCUCCACAGAAAAUUAUCCAUGGCAAUGGACCCAAAGGGCACCAUUCAAGGCAAGGUUCUGGCACCAGUUUGGGUAGUUUCUCUCUUGAUGGUGUACAAGAAGAACUAGUAUCAUCGCCACCUCUACUGAAGAGACAAGACAGUUCAGAAGUCAAGCUUGCUGAUGGAAAGGUACUUAACCAGAAAGAUGUAAAACGGCUUGAGAAACGUGAAGAUGAAUGGAGGCGGAAGUUACAAAAAUUGGAAGAGGAAUGGACCAAAAAGUUGGAAAAGAAAGAAGAUGAAUGGAAAAAGCAAAUGGAAGAAAAGCAAAAAGACUGGAGGAGAUCACUAGAACUUCUUGAAAAAGAAAAAGGUGCACUGGAGGAAGAAAAACGAGAAAUUGUACAGCAGAAAUUAAAUCUUGAAGAAGCCCUAAAAAUAGCUGAUGAAUACAAGAAAAAAGUUUUCCAGUAUCAAGAAGAUAUUGACCAACUGGAAGGAUUUCAGACCCAAGAAAUGGCAAAGAUUAAACAUUUGUUGCUUGUGAAGGAGCAGGAACUAGCAGAGAAAGCAGCUGCCCUGAAAGAGGCCUCUAGCAAAAUAGAGAAUUUUAAAUUGGAGAUUACUCGACUUAGGCACUACGAAGAAGAACUUGCUAACUUGCAGGAUGAUUUGGAGUCUUUGCGCCACUCCUCAGAUCGAGAGCGCUCUCAGUUGUCUAGCAACUUGGCACAAAGCGAAGAAGAUGUUCGGCAUCUUAAAGACAGAGUGGCUGUUCUUGAACAGAGGACAAAUUCAGAAUGCAUCAACCUGGGUGCUGAAUUAUCUGUGAAUGAUAGGGUUCAAGCAUUGUUGGGUGAAAGGAUAUUAUUAGAACGUAGGCUAGAAGAAGUCCAUCUACACCUGUCAGAUAUCAAGUCUUCUUGGAGUGGGAAGAUAUCAUCAUUAGAAACCCAAGUUGAACGACUAUGUCGCCAAGCUGCUGAAGAAGGAACAGAAAGGCGACGAACAGAACAGGAACGAGAUGCACUGAUGGAGAGAAUCAAGGCUCUAGAAGUUAUUGUUGAGAAAGGAAAAUCCACAGCAAAGGAGAAGGAUGAGAAAAUAGACAGAUUAAAGGAAGAGAGAGAUGUGCUUAUAGAGGAAUUGAAAGAUAUGAAGGCAAAGAGGGACCAGGAAUUAGCCAGUCUACAGCAGGAAAUUGAUUUGUUUGGUGUUGAAAAUAAAGAUAUCAAAACUCAGCUGAUUGAGAUAGAAAAAAGACUGAAGGAAUCAGAAACAGACUGUGCCCAUCUUAAUGUAGCACUUGAAGGUGAGAAAUCUGGCAAUGCUACUCUUCAUUUGGAAGUGGCUCGGCUGAGGGAUGCCCUGGAAGCAGAAAGAACUCGCAAUGCUAACCUCAGUAUCUCAUUGGACCGGGAGCGAGGGGAAAAAGAUACAACAUUAUUGCGCAAUGCCCAAGUAAAUCAGCAGGUGGAACUGGCAAAGCAAGAGCUCCGUGAACAGGCACAAGAAUCUGUUGAACUUCAUAACAGAAUUGCAACAAUGGAGAAAGAACUCUCAGAAAAAAAUAGGGAGAUUGAGAAAAUGAAAAUAGAUUCUGAAAAAAUAUCAAAACGUAUACAAGACCUAGAAAGUCUGGAACAUGACAAACAAGCAGCCUCUAACUUGGAGCAGGAACUGAGAAAUAAUAUGACUGAAUUAGAAGAACAGUUAAUUGAAAAAAAUAAGAAUAUCCGUGUUCUGCAGCAGAGGCUGAGUGACAUGAAGAAGACACUGCAGCGUGAGCUUAGGUUACCUGUGCAGAGUGUGGAUGGCACAAGCACCACAGAAUCUGAACCUUUCACUCAAGCUGCAGUACUUGCUCCGAGCUCCAGUAGACAUCUCCAGCAGAAGCAGCAUCAUCAGGCUGUCACCAAUCACCAAAUGACUGAUGACGAUGAUGAUGUCAACUUCAAGUACCUGAAGCAUGUUCUCAUCAAAUUUCUUACAAGUAGAGAGUAUGAGGCACAGCAUUUAACAAGAGCAGUUGCAACAUUACUGAGGUUCUCACCAGAAGAAGAGCGCCUGCUACGAGAGACACUGGAAUGGAAGAUGUCUUGGUUUGGGACUCGGCCAAGCUUAGGAUUUGGUCAGACAGCUAAAACCAUUCCUCCCAGCUGAUAAUCCAUUCCACUAUACCCUGAUUUCUAGGUAUUGAACUGUUGCAAAGGUUUGUGUUCAGACAGCCACAUUUUAAUCUUUUUUUGUUAACACCCUCAUUAUGAUCGAUCUUCUACUAAGAAAUCACCGUUUUUUUCGUAUAAAAGUGUUGUGAGGUACAACAGAAAGCUUAGCAGCUGAGGUGCAGUAGUAAUGUUGCAAGAAUUGGACUAUGUGAUACAGGACAUAAGUGGAAUGUUGACACCGAACAAAUGAUUCUUGGACAGCAGUGUCAUUUAAAUGAAACUAAAACUGUAUAUAAUCUUAGUUUAGAAUCUAAUUGAUGAAAAAACAGGUGUAGCGGACCAUUAUGGAUGACAAGAAUUGUUUUGCAUGUAAGAUGUAUAGGAACAUAGAGAAAAAAACUUUUCUUUGUAUGAAAAUGAAGGUAAAGACUUAUAUAUAUGGAUUUGUUUCAGUAUUAUAAAUACUAUUUUUUUUUUGAUGAGAAACUGUAUUCAGAUAUUUCCAAAAAGAAUAAGAAAAAUGUUAGUUUAUUAUUUUUACUGUUGUAAUAAUAAUAAUAUUGCAUAUUCAUGAUAGAGUUAUGGAAAAUUGUGUGUUCUGCAACAUGGUUCAUGGAUCAUUUCACGUUUUCAAAUCCAGUGAGCACUGCAAAACAACACCAUAAUUAAAUAUUAGAUAUCUUUGAUAUAUUUGUCACUUCAUUAUGUACAAAUUCCAAGUUUAUAUGGCAAAACUGUAAAAUUAUUGCUCUGAAUCCAUUAAUAAUUCUUUUAAUAAUAUUCAGCCAAUUCCAAGUCUUCCUGUUUAUUUAUAGGUUUAUCACUAAUAGCAAAAUAAAUGUCUUAUGACUUUUAUUUAUUAAAGCUGUGAUAGUGAAACAACAACAUAACUGAUAUGAGUAAUUAAUACAGAUAAUUUAGCCUCCUUUAAUAUUUUUAAGUUCCUUUGUUAAUUACAAGCCCUAAUUUCCAUAACUACAUGAAAAAGAUAAUUAGUUCUAUAUUUACUGCAGGAAAAGUAUCUUUACUGUUUGUAACAGUUUUGCAUCAGACCCAAACCAUCUGUGUCUUACAUCCCAAGGAUAACAAGAACCGCGUACGUUGCUCCAGAGGUGCAAUAGCUGUGUCUGUGUUACACGACACCCAUAAUACAAUCUUAACAGUAGAAUUAAAGUUUUUAUAUUAUGUAAAAAUGCCUUUGCAGUGUUCAAAGUAAUAACGGUAUAUAAAAAUAUUUGAAUGGAAACAUGUACUUCUCACAUGAUUACUUAACUCUAUGUAAGACAGCCAGCCAUACUAUGACAGUGUGUGUGUAUAUGUGUAUAUAUAUAUAUAUUACAUACUUAGAGGAGAAUUGAGAAGGCCAUGGACUGAAUACGGACCGGAGAGCCAUAGAAGAAGAAUGAGAAGAACAUACUUAGUAAAUAAUCUGUGUAUUAUCAGAUUAUACUAUUUACACACAUUAUAUAAUUUUAAAACCAUUUCUGGAAAUUGUAAGUGUCUCGAUUAAGUCUGAACAGAUAUGUAUAGUUUCAGCCAUAAUCUCAGCACAGCUAUUUAAAAAAGAACUCUCUGAUCCCACAUGUAGCAAAGAAAAUAUUCAGUAUGUCACUUGGAUAUGAAUUUAACUCAAAAAAUAUGAAAGAAGUUGAUUAAAAUGUUUCAAAUUUUUCAGAGUUUCUCACGAUAAUUUAUAACUUGUUGCAUAAGCAUGGUUGUAUUCAGGUUUUUGAGAUUCCAUAUAACAAGGUUAUAUGAAUUUUUAAACAAUUUUGUUUUAGAGUGGAAAAUACUCGGUGAAAUGUUAUGUUGAAUAAAGAUUUCUACAAAAUUACUUUCCUCAUUAUAUUUAAGAACAAUCAGAUGUAUGCACUUCAUCCUGAAUUUAAUUUUAGUGAAGAAACACAUUAGACACAUCACUGUGUCAUGUGUUGAACCAGUGGAACCCAUUUCUUUAAAAGAUGGUUUAUAAAGUCGUGAGGAUAUUGUAUAUGAUAUUCAGCAGUAUCACUAUUCUAUUUCUUUCUCACCAAUCUAGUAAACUAUUAUUUUAAUAUAUUUUUUGAGACUUGUG